AUGACUGCGUCAGAUGAAGAAUUUGAAAUUGGUGAUAUACUUGAAAUAAAAAAAAAAAGAAAUGGAUUUUUAUAUUUAGUAAAAUGGAAAGGAUAUUCUGAUGAUGAAAAUACGUGGGAACCCGAAAGUAAUUUAACACAUUUGACAAGUUUUAAAAAAAAAAUGGAAAAUUUAAAAAUGAACUAUUUAAAAAAAAAUGAUACACCUAAUGAGAAUAAAAAUUCAAAGAAUCACAUUUUAUCUAUUCAAGAUGAUAGUAGUAUCAAAUCCAAAAGUAGGAGUUCUUCAAUUUCAAAAAAAAAAAAUAAUAAAAAAAUUGUAACAAACAAAUUGGAAAGUAAAAAAAAUAUAUCUCAUUCGGAUAAUUCUUUAAAAAAAAGUGAUAAAGAAGAUAAUGAAUCAAUAAAACAAGAGACCAAUAGUAACGAUAGCAAUUUAUUAAAUGUAGAAGACGUAUAUAGUGUUCGAAUUAAAAAUAGAAAAAUGGAAUUUUUGGCUAGCUUGAAAAAUGCUUCACCACAGUGGGUGGAAGAAUCAAAUAUAAGAAGAACUGGUCAUUUAAACAUAAAAGUUAAUGAUUUCAAGAAGUAUAUAAGAAGAAAAAAAAGUGCUAAGGGAAAUAGAAUUGUAAUUAAAAAUUUACACAAUGUUGGAGAUGAAUUAUAUAUUUCUGUUAUUCAUAAUAUAAAUAAUAAAGAAAUCCAUAGUUUAUAUCCAUCAAAAGUGAUUGAAUAUAUAUAUCCUCAAGAACUUUUAAAUUUUCUAUUAUCUAGACUUCGCUACCGAACAGCAUAA